AGUUAGGCGAAUGACUGGCCGUUCUUUUUUUUUAAAUAAAAGAUCUACCUCUUUCUGUACCAUCCAAGUCAGAGCUAAGAAGUAUUCAGAAGCCAAGCCAUGGAUCCACCCGCACGUAAAGAAAAAUCCAAAGUUAAAGAACCUGUCAGCAGAGUUGAGAAAGCUAAGCAGAAAUCAGCCCAGCAGGAGCUGAAGCAAAGACAGAGAGCCGAGAUAUAUGCCCUUAACAGAGUCAUGACAGAACUGGAGCAGCAGCAGUUUGAUGAGUUCUGUAAGCAGAUGCAGCCUCCUGGAGAGUGAGCUAUCCGUGUUCAAACUGGAUGGGACCCUGGAGGCUUUGCUUGUGAGCUUGUUACCAGUUUUAAGCUGAGAUGGUCCAUUUGGAGCGUUACAGAACUAGAAAAGAAGACAUUUGCGGAUAAAUCUGAACUUAAGUCCUACAAGUAACUUGUCUCACUGGUUCCUUCAAUCUGAAUUGGCCCAGUGCUUGCUGAAGAGACUUGUUUUCUUCUUCUAUGACAAUAGAUUCUUUUUUUAAAAAAAAACUUUUUCUAUUGUUUGAGAAAAAUCAAUGUUUCUUCUGAAACUGUAUAUCUUCUCCAAAAAUGCAAAUAAAACACUAAUAAAAUUGUAACACCCUGAA